CCGGUUUCAAGGAUAUUCAUGUUAUUGAUAUGGAUACCAUUGACAUAUCCAAUCUAAAUCGCCAGUUUUUGUUCCGUCAAUCUGACAUCGGCAAACCUAAAGCCGAGGUUGCGGCUGCUUUCGUAGAGAGACGAGUCAAAGGUGUCAAAAUUACCCCUUAUGUAGGGAAGAUUCAAGAUAAGGAUGAGGAUUACUACAUGCAGUUCAAGAUAGUCGUUUGCGGUCUCGAUAGCAUAGAAGCGAGACGAUGGAUCAAUGCUACCCUUAUUGGCAUGGUUGAUGCUGAAAACCCUGAGAGCCUGAAGCCUCUUAUCGAUGGAGGAACUGAAGGCUUCAAAGGACAGGCACGUGUUAUCCUACCAACCCUGUCUUCGUGCAUUGAGUGCCAGCUUGACAUGCAUGCUCCCCGCCCUGCGGUACCGCUAUGCACAAUUGCGACCAUCCCUCGACAGCCCCAGCAUUGUAUCGAGUGGGCGCACCAGAUCGCCUGGCAGGAAAAGCGCAAGGACGACCCUUUCGAUAGUGACGAUCUGGACCACAUUGGCUGGGUGUACAAUGCGGCUCUUGAGCGAGCAAAGCAAUUCCAUAUCCACGGAGUCACAUUCCAGAUGACCCAGGGUGUAGUUAAGAACAUCAUUCCUGCAAUCGCCUCCACAAACGCUGUCAUUGCUGCUGCGACAACAUCUGAGGCAUUAAAGAUUGCCACCUCGUGCAACCCGUACCUUGAUAACUAUAUGAUGUAUGCAGGUGAAGAAGGUGUGUACACCUAUACAUUCGAGGCUGAAAAGAAACCGGAUUGCCCUGUCUGUGGCAAUCUCGCGCGUAAUAUGACUGUCGAUCCGGACAUGACGCUGCAAGAGUACAUCGACACCCUUGGGGACCGGCCGGAAGCUCAGCUCAAGAAGCCUAGCAUGAGAACGGAAGAAAAGACGCUCUACCAGCGUUUCCCGCCCCAACUGGAGGAACAGACCAGGGCCAAUCUGAAACGCAAGCUCAGAGAUUUGGUAGAAGACGGGCAAGAAAUUGCGGUCAGCGAUCCCGCGUAUACUAUUGAUUUCCGCUACCGCUUGUUGUUCAAAUAAGAAUAACAGCAACGUUUUACUCUUCAUAUGAGAUAUGAGUCGUUACGAUAAAUACAAAGACUUUCUCUUACUAGAUCAAG